AUGGAGUCUGCUGAAGAAUUACAACAGUCGGAGAUAACUGCGCUGAAGUCUAUCUAUGCUGAUCAAUUCGUGGAAUGCCCUCCUUCCAACGUCUGGAAGGUAAGUCUGCUCUAUUGCUUUCGUCGGAAACAGGGGGCACCCAAACAACCUGAAUUCAUCAUCAAAGUAGUCCAUCCUGACGAAACUCAUGCGAACAAGAUUUAUUUCCACUUGCAUGUCAAAUUCCCGAAGACGUACCCACUCUUGGCGUACCCCAUAUUCACAAUCCGCAAGCCCUUCGAAGGGCUCGCCAGCAGUCAUGUUACGAAAUUGAGUCAGGCGAUACAUGCCGAAGCGCAGAAGCAGAAGGGGUCGGAGAUGGUCUUCCAGAUCGUCACCUUCGCGCAGGACUGGCUGAAUGAUAACGUGAAGCCAGCCGUUGAACCGGUAGGCUCCCUUGCGAUGCUGAUGAGCCAGCGUGCGCUGGAGGAAGAGAGAGCGCGGAAAGAGCGAGAGCAGCUGGAGGCGGAACAGGAGCUGGAGAGGGUGCAGCAGCUCGCACAGCAACUCACGGAAGAGAUUCAGGCCGACGCGCAGAGACAGGAGUUAGAGAAGCAGAAGAAUAUCAAGGCUCGCAAGAGGGCUGAGUCUGAUGCCACCGAGGUGCCGUCGUCGGGGGACACGCCGACGGAGACGUUCAGCCAGGAAAUACGCGUGCGUGAUGUAGCUUUUCACACAGUGAAGUUAUUCCACCCAAAGCGAGAAUGCCUUGGAGUCACCUAUCUCGCGGAACCCGUCUGUGAUGAUGUGAAUGUGACUCUACCACUUGAGCUACACGUCUACACGUUUGAGGCAUCAUACUACACCACCAGUCAAGGGCGCAAGAAGCUGAAGCAACUCGAGUCGGACAUCCAGAAGCUGAUCACGAUCCGACAUGAGAACCUUAUUAGCGUCUACGCUGUAAAGUUGACUAUGCCUCAUACGUCUGACCCAACGCGUCUGGCUAUCCUAUGUGAGCAGAGGCCAUCUAUGACUCUCCUGGAUGUCUUGGAAAAUUGCGAUACAUUGCGGGAAGAGCGAACUACGGAAUAUCUCCUACAAGUGCUGUCGGCUUUGCAAGCAAUUCAUGAGGCCGAUUUGAUUCACCGAGGACUCGAUCUUCGAUGUAUUUGUCUCGCGAACGACGAUUCGCAGUCGAAGACGAAGCUGGUCAAGAUUCGCAAGGCUUGUUACUACGGAAAGCUACUUGAUUUACAUCGGUCCAACCCGUUUGGCUACAAUGUCCCUAAUGGUGAGGAACCUCAGAUUCCGGAUACAUGGCUACCCAAGGACGCGGUUGAUUCGCCUUUGUUGUAUACCCGAAGCCGAGACAUUCAUUGCGCUGGUGUCGUCGUGCUGCAGAUGCUCUUAGGUCGGGAUGUUAUGCAAAGAUUCAUCGACCCUCAAGCUGCUCUGCAUGCUUGCGAUAUUUCGCCCACGCUCUAUCAGGUGACUUCGAGUAUGCUGACUUCUGGCAAGAAGAAGGCGGUAUCGUGCUAUAGCCUUAUCCGAGAAUUGUCGGGAUCCAUUAUCUCGCCCGGGAUACGCAUGCGAGACAGGGCGAUUACAUUCUCCGGUACGUCGUACCAGUACUUCACGGUGCCUGCACAGAGAACGAGGCAUUCGAGUCGGUGGAAGGAGGAUUGGGAAGAGCUUGAGCUUCUGGGUAAAGGCGCAUUUGGCUCAGUCGUCAAAGCCCGUAAUAAGAUUGACUCGAGGAUCUAUGCAGUGAAGAAGGUCCGUCUACGUGCUACCCAAAAAGACACCAGGAUCUUCAGAGAGGUGAACGCUCUAAGUCGCCUCAAUCAUCGCUUCAUUGUCCGCUAUUAUACUACUUGGGUCGAGACAUCCGACCCAUUCGCCACCCCUCUGUCUUCAGGUUCUGAUACCGAGGAAGAUGGAACCGAAGACGGUCUCACCUCUGUAGCCUCUCGCAGACGAAGGGAGAAUUUUUCGAAUGACCCUUUCAGCAUUGACCUGGAUGACUUGGAGUCGGGUGCAGGAAGCAAGUCAUCAUUCCCCAGCAUCCAUUUCACACGUUCCGGCUCUUCGAGGGCAGAUAAUGAGACUGAUAAUGACGACGAGGACAAUGGGAGUGACGAAUCCGACCAGAACUUUUUCGCGCUGCUGGACACAAACGGCAAUGGGGUACCUUCCCCUGCUGAAUUCGUGGAGCGCCAGACGUUGAAAGAGGCAAGUCGGACUCGCAUUGCCGAAGGUUUAUCCGAAGACGAAGCGUGGCGCUUAUUUAUGCAGAUCGUGGACGCCCUAGUGCACAUGUCUAGCCUCGGUAUUCUCCAUCGAGAUAUCAAACUGACUAACAUAUUCAUCGGUACGUUCAUUCACACGUCGCGAUCAGAGCCACAUGGCAAAGGCGACUGCAAAGUCGGCGACUUUGGCCUUGCAACCUCCAGUCUCGCUGCAGUCGAUCCUUCUGAUGUCGCGCCUGGCAUCGUAGGCAGCGACGAUAUGACGCUGGAGGUGGGAACUAGACUGUAUAUUGCACCAGAGGUGCAGUCCCAUAAGAAUGGUCCUCGUCGAAAUCAGAAUAAAGCGGAUAUGUAUAGCCUGGGAAUCGUGUUCUUCGAGAUGAACUACAUGUUCAGUACCGGGGCUGAACGCAUCGCAGUAUUGGAGGAUCUUCGUAAGCCCCAGAUUAUCUUCCCUGCUGGCUGGGAGCCACAUCGAGCACGGCAACGAGAGAUCAUCAACUGGCUCCUACAACAUGACCCCAAUGCUCGUCCAUCAGCUCUCGAGCUCUCGCAAAGUCCGUUGCUGCCACCUAGGGUGGAGGACGAAUAUUUCCGAGGGGCGAUACGAAUGAUGGCGAAACAAGACUCGCCCCAUUAUCAGGCGGUGCUCUCCGCUCUUUUCAAUCAGGCAUCCAAGCCAGCCAGGACUUUCUUAUAUGACAAAGAAAGCCGGCUUCCCGAGCACGCGUCACUGAACGACAUUGUAGAGCAGACACUAACUGGUAUCUUUCAACUGCACGGGGCCGUCCACAUGGAGCCUCUUCUUCUUAUGCCUGCCAUGGAUCCCGAGAAUGAGCACAACAGAGUCUUACUCCUAGAUCGGCACGGCGAGGUUGUUGCCCUGCCGAAUGAUGCUCUUGUACCCUUCGCCCGUCUUGCAGCCCGAGACAAAAUGAGAAGAGUAAAACGCUUUCACGUCGGGAACGUCUAUCGACCUAACGUGACUACCGGGCAUCCGAAGUAUACCAAAGCAGCGGUUUUCGACAUCAUCAGUCCCGACCUCGAAUAUGGACCCAUCGCAGCCAUCGCAGAGUCAAUAGCAAUAGUCAAUAAGUGCCUUGAUAGUUUCCCGGGCAUCGGGCAAGAUUACGAGAUUCACGUUUCGCAUUCCAAGGUACCGGACCUCAUCUUCCACGGCAUUUCGGAAGAGACCCGACAGACUGUGUUGAACAUCUUGACUCGCACGAAGUCUUCCUGGCCACAGAAACGCACUUUACUGCUCAAUAAAGGUCUUCUUCGAAGCAUGGCGGACGACCUAGAGGUCCUAUCCGAGACUUACGGCGACGUCGAUUCAGUAGUAACGAAGCUCGAGAAGGCAUCUUCAAGUGUCUUGAUUCAACUUACGCCUGCCAUUCAGGAAGUGAAGAAAGUGCUCGAGUAUACUGGUAGUCUUGGGGUUACAAGACGUAUACAUUUCCGACCCCUGAUGCUGGGCAACCACAACUCACAGUUCAAGGGGGGUGUCUGUUUCGAGGUUACCAAACGUAAUAAACGGACCGAUAUCUUGGCAGCGGGAGGAAGAUAUGAUUCUUUGAUUCGACAAUUUACUCCCCCCGAUCCCACCGCCGAUUCCUUCUGCGCUAUGGGUUUCCAGCUGGCUAUUGAUAAGAUCACGAGUGCCCUGGCAGUCUUCCAGAGUACUUCGGUCAGGAAUCUGGUCAAGGAACAACGCUCGUUCGGGUUCUGGAGUCCCCGGCGAUGCGACGUCUACGUUGUCUCUUAUCAUCCCGGAUACUUGCUGGAUCGUCUCGAAGUCGCCACCCUUCUGUGGCAGAAUGACAUCAGUGCCGAUGUCAUGUACGAGUCGGGGCUACCGGAGGGCGAGAACGAGAGUCAUGCAGACCUGUGCUCCAGAGAAGGAAUACUGUUCACUGUGGUUCCGAGACCCCGGACAGUCAAGCGCGAGCAAGCUGCCUUCAAAGUAAGGAAUAUGCUCAAGGGAACCGAAGAUGAAAUUUCUCGGGCUGAACUUGUCGGAUGGCUCCAGCAGCAGAUCGCUGAGCAGAAGAAAGUCGAUACUUCGACUUCUGGAGUCUCUGCAGUGCCCGAGCUUCCUGUUGGUCCUGCCGCUAUUGCCAAAGAAAACUCUGGCACCUCAGAGAUUCAAUUGUUGUUACCCGGCGAGACGAAGAAGCAGAUGAAAAGGUCGAAGCAGUUGUUCAUGGAUCGAGCCUUCGAUACAGCCGCUCAAGUGAAAUCGGCGGUUCAGACGGGCAUUCCUGUGAUCGCUGUUGAUGUACCGUUGAAUGUCUUCGAUGUCCUUGUCAGAGACUCAGCUUGGGUGACCGACGAAGAUGCUUGGAAGGCAAUCCUCGCCAACUUACCUAGUCAGCAUUCUGGGUAUGGUCAUCAAAUUCGCGAGCAGGUCGCGAAACGAAAAGCGGAGGGGCGAAGAUUCGUGUUAUUGUUUGCCGUGCGAGACGAGCGGGUGCAAAUUCUGGACCUCUCGUAG